UGAUAUAAUUAAGGUUAUACAAUUCCAACUGUUCAAAUCCCAUUAUUGGUGCUAUACCCAUGUUAUUUAGUAUCCCAGAUAAAAUUGUGUAAAAUUAAAAAUGAAUGUUAAUAUUUUCACAAAAUCAAUAUACGCUUUACGGCAAAAUUUGAUAACCCAAUCAUUAUGGCGAUCGUAUGCGAAGCCAGCGCCUGCUGCGAUUGGAGGGAAAAAGAAGAAACUAGGAAAGCUUGGUCCAGUAAUAGAAAAAAAAGAAAUCCCAGUUGAGACCGAUGCUAAUAAGCUAGUCAGUUAUGUUUGUGGAAGCAACAUCUUAAAAACCGGUGAGGAUAUUAAGCUUAAAGCAGAUUCGGAAUAUCCUGACUGGUUGUGGUCUAUAAAUAUUGAUCGUAUAAUACCUAUAGAGGAAAUGGAUCCAGAAACAAAACAAUAUUGGCGUCGUCUUCGCAGGCAGGGACUAAGACGGAACAAUCAACUAAAAUAUAUACAUAAAUCAAGGGUGACUUCAUAUUUCUACUGUCAAACAACAAAGCAAUGGCUUAUUAUGUUAGUUUCGAGUGUUCCACCGGGGACAAAAUCCGCGCCACCACCAAUCAACUUGCUUGUUAUUUUUAUGUAUAGAGCCACGGUUAACGGGCUGUGUAAAAAGUUUGGAAGAAUAAUCAUCCGACCAGUAUACUAGAGUGGAAUGUUAACU